AUGGAAUUCGAGAUCAUCCGUGGCAUACAUAACAAAGGACACUUUGCUGUACAAAAGACAGAAGAUCUGUUGAAAAGAGAUUUUCAUAUUUCGAAUGCUACAAAGAAAAUAGAGCACGUUAUAAUGAACUGUGUCGAGUGCAUCCUCUGUAAUAAAAAGCGAGGCAAAGCAGAAGGUCUAUUGAACCCAAUCCCAAAGGACAAUAUUCCGUUAAGCACAUAUCACAUAGAUUUUGUAGGACCCCUGACAUCUACAGAUAAGAGAUACCGACAUAUAUUUACAGUGGUAGAUGCUUUUACAAAAUUUGUCUGGUUUUACCCAGUCAAGACAACAUCAACGGCAGAAGCUGUACAGAAACUAAAAAUCCAACAAGCUGUCUUCGGAAAUCCUUCAAGAAUUAUCUCUGACAAGGGAUCUGCUUUUACUUCAAAGGACUUUGAGGAAUACUGUAAAGAUGAAGGAAUUCAGCACAUACAAAUCACAACAGGCGUUCCAUUAGCCAACAGCCAGAUCGAAAAAAUUCAUGGAACCCUUAUCCCAGUGCUUGCAAAACUGUAA